GGUUUAGGUGUUGAUUGGAACGAUAGGAAUCUCUCUCUAGCUCUACCAGUGGCUCUACUGAUAAACUUUUUGUAGCGACUCCUGUGAAGUGAGGAAGAGAUUCUUUAAAGUCAUUCUGAUACGACGAAAUUUUUGAGGUUUUGGGAGACUCUGUUAGGAUGAGUUCCAACAACGACCCAUUGGGUCGCUCUAAUUCUCUUAAGAGGAAACAUUGGAGCAUACGGGCCCACGAAACUCUCAUAAGCAGGAAUAAAGAUGGUCAUUUUUGUCUGAAUGUCGAGGGUGGAGCAGAGCAUGGCAUUUUUCCAUUGAUAGGGGACCUGAGACAGGAUCGUAUCAAUUAUAAAAUGGGCAAACUCCACCCAGGAGAGCUAAUUAUUGAGAUCAAUCAUAAAAGAGUCCCUGGUAUGAUAAAGAAAGAUGUCAUAGCCCUUAUCAAACGAUCGGCUGAUCCCGUUUCUCUAGUUACUGUCAAACAGAAUGCCACCAUUACAAAAGACAUUCGGCAUUACUUAGCAUCUCGAUUUACAAAGAAUUCUGUGGACAGCGAAUUACAGCAUCAAAUAAGAGAAAACUUGCACACACGAGUGAUUCCUUGCACGACACGACAACCAAGAGAUGAAGAAAGAAAUGGCGUUGAUUAUAAUUUCAUUUCUGUCGAAGAAUUUAAGAAGAUGGAUAAGCAAGGGCUCCUUCUUGAGAGUGGAACGUAUGAAAAUAAUCACUAUGGUACACCUAAGCCACCUCCUGACCCUCCCUCUCAUGCUGUCUUGCCUGGCUACUCCCGUGCUCCUGCUAGCUCAGGGUACAGCCCCAGAGAGCCUUUGAUGCCUGGAAAUGCAACCUCUGGAAUACCAACACAGGCUCCAAGAUCAAGUAUACCCAGGCUAUCCAUACCUCAAGCUACAGGUCCUUUACCAAGCAACUGGGAAAUAGCCUACACUGAAAAUAAUGAGAAAUAUUUUAUUGAUCACAAUACUGGGACAACUCACUGGCUAGAUCCUAGAUUGGUCCAUAAUUUAAAACAUUCUCUACUUGAUUGUGGAGAUGAUGAGCUACCUUAUGGCUGGGAGAAAGUUAACGAUCCUAUGUUUGGUGUCUAUUAUAUAGAUCACAUUAAUCGAACGACUCAGUAUGAGAAUCCUGUUGUUGAGGCUAAAAGAAAGUUUGUAGGGUCACAGUUGUCUCAGCGUACUCCAUCUCUACCACCGACAUCUUUGCCUCCACCUCUUCGUGCUCCUCCAUCUUUCCACACAGCUGCUGCUUUAGAGAAACAGAGAGAGGCUGAAGCUGCUGCCCAAUGGCCACAAGCUGGGCUAACUGAUUACAACGAUGGCUACCCUUAUUUCCCCGAUACUAUUAAUCCUGAAGAAAUUGAGUCUAACCUAAGAGGUGAUCCCAUUUUUGUUACCCUUACAAAAAAUCCUACUGGUUUUGGCUUUACUAUUAUUGGCGGUGAUCGGCCUGGUGAGCUACUUCAGAUACGCAGUAUUGUCCAAGGAGGUGUGGCAGAUCGCGAUGGAAACCUGAAAAUUGGUGAUGUUCUUGUUCGUGUUAAUGGGGAGAGUGUCGUUGCUCAUAAUCAUAAACGUGUGGUUGAUCUCUUUCAGAGUAUUCCUAUGCAUUCGCCAGUUAGACUGGAGGUGAGACGUGGUUACCCUCUGCCUGACAGUAUGACAGAUGAACUUCCAUCGUAUUCCGAGUCUAAUUUAACUCGACAGUUUGACAUGGGGCAACCACUGGUCACAGAUGCUUUAGCAUCUGAUUUCAACAGGAAGUUUAGCUUAGGCCCAUUGCCUCCUCCAGAGAAAGUUGUUGUUGGUAUUGUCAAGGGACCACUGGGAUUUGGAUUUUCUCUUAGUGAAACACCACAAGGCCCAAUUGUUAAGCAAAUUAUGGACAUACCACGUUGUGCUCAGUUACGGGAAGGUGACCUGAUAACUGAGCUCAAUGGACAGAAUGUUCUAUCACUGACUCAUAGUGAUCUCAUCACACUGUUGAAGAGGUGUCCUAAAGGAAAUACAGCCAACUUUCUUGUGUCACGAUCUGCUCCAGCUUCUGAGACGUUUAUGAAUCAAGGACAAGACUUUUAUCCAGGAGAAUAUCCUCCUGGCUAUUCUGGCUAUCCUCCACCACAUUUUAGUGAAGAGCCUUUUCAACAUAUGAUUGUGAUGCUGGAGCGUCAGGUCUCAGGGUUUGGUUUCAGAGUUAUUGGAGGUCGGGAAGAAGGGUCUCAAGCUACUAUUGGUGGUAUUGUACCAGGAGGAGCUGCUGAUUUAGAUGGAAGAUUAAUGGUUGGGGAUGAAAUAACUCAGAUUAAUGGUCUCUCUGUGAUGGACGCACCGCAUAAAGAUGUGAUUCAACUAAUUGCUCAAGCUGGACAAGUUGGUAAAGUUGAAUUGCAUGUUCGCAGGAAAAUGCCAUGGCCAAUGUCUGGGCCCUCUCAUGUUCCACCUAAUAUGACUGAUGGUGAUGAACCACAUCCUGGCCCUCGUGAAGUUGUCAUAUAUCGUCCAAACACACAAACAAGUUUCGGGUUUGUUUUGCAAAGCAACACUCUACGAACUGGUUGCAUGAUAUGCCGUCUUAUUCCUGAUUCUCCUGCUGAGAAGUGUCAGCAGUUGUAUCUUUAUGAUGAACUGCUUGUGGUGAAUGGAGUUGAUGUGACUCAAAUGGACCAUGGAGAUAUUGUUGGUCUUAUCAAGGGCUCAAGCACUACUAUUAAACUAGUAGUACAGCAACCAGAAGAUAAAGAUGAGAUACUACAAUUACAGCAGAUGUCAUCAAUGCAAGAGCAGCAGUCAAUGCAGGCGGCAAUGGCAGUACCUGUUUCCUCAUAUCCUCAGGGACAACAGAGAUCCAUGCAAUAUGGAGAGGAAGUGGGUCCACAGAUAUCAGCAGAUCUUGAAGGAAUAGAUGAUGAAGAAAUUCAUCACAUUGAGUUUCAGAGAGAUGAGAAUGGGUUUGGAUUUAGUAUUCGUGGAGGAGCAGAGUACAACUCGCAUUUAUUUGUUUUGAGGAUUGCUGAAAAUGGAGCUGCCGACAAGAGCCAAAGUCUAAAGGUUGGUGACGAGCUGCUUGAGAUCAAUGGUAAUUCUACUGAGGGUAUGUUGCAUGCUGAUGCAAUCACCAUUAUAAAACAUGGCGGUGAAAAGGUGUCACUGAUCAUAAGAAGACUGCCAGAAGUCCCACGCUACAACUACGACGAUCAAUCUUUGCCACGUCAUACAAGUAUCCAAGAAGAGCAACAACCACCUACUGAUCCAAGCAGUCAGGCUAAUUCAUCAAGUAGAGAGCUACUCAAUGCAGUAGGUGUUCAGAAAAGCCCUGCUGCUAGUAACACUCGUGAAAAAUAUGCCAGGGAUUACAUGAACAGUUUAGGACGCAAUAGAAACUCUGAAAUUGAUCAAUAUGGAUCUGAGGAUCAGGAUAUUGACAAGGAAUGACGACCCGCCCUAAUUCUAUAAUACAAUAUAUUACACAUAAAUAGGAUGGUCUCAAAUUGUCAUCACUCCCACAUUCAUUUAUUACCAUUUCAUAAUUCUUUAUUGUCUUGUGUUGAGUUGGUGUGAAAUCUUGUAGUGACUUCCAUAUCAUAGAACAGUAUGUGAUUGACUUUGUUUUGCGUUAUUUUAAUUAUUAUUAAUUUUUAUUAUUAAAAAUUAAAAUUCAAUAUACUAUUA